AUGGCUGCGGAAAGAACGCCAGAUGUGCAGCACAAGGGGAGUCAGGUUCGCGCAUCCGUUCUGCACGGCGCAGGAGACCUGAGAAUUGAAGACCGCUCUAUCUUCCCUCCAGGUCCCACUGAUGUUCAAGUAGCUGUCCGAGCUACCGGCCUCUGCGGCUCAGAUCUUCACUACUACCGGCAUUAUCGCAAUGGCGACAUCAUUGUGCGGGAGCCCAUGUCGCUUGGGCACGAAUCUGCAGGCGUGGUAGUGGCUGUUGGUUCCGAGGUGGAACAGUCGCAAAAGUUCAGAAUCGGCGAUAAGGUAGCUCUGGAGGUAGGGCAACCUUGCGAACAAUGCAACCGGUGUAAGGAGGGGAGAUAUAACAUUUGCAAAGAGAUGAAGUUUCGAAGUAGUGCGAAAGCGUUUCCACACGCACAAGGAACGCUGCAGGACCGGAUUAAUCACCCUGCGGCGUGGUGUCACAAGCUUCCAGAAGAUGUUUCGCUUGAUCUCGGUGCACUCCUAGAACCGCUAGGUGUCGCUAUCCAAGCCACAAAAAGAGCACAACUUCCGGUCGGCGCGACAGUCUUGGUUUUCGGUGCAGGCGCAGUAGGUUUGCUGGUCGCGGCAAUGGCAAAGAUCUCAGGCGCCAGCACUGUCGUAAUAGCAGACAUUGAUUCUGGACGAGUAAAUUUCGCUGUGGAUAACAACUUUGCGCACCGAAGUUUCACGGUACCGCUCAAGCGUGGACAGACAAUAGAUGAGAAUCUCGAGAUCGCGAAGGAGACAGCGGUUGAAAUCGCCAAGGUUACGAAAGUAAGCGGAGGAGCAAUCGGUGAGGUAGAUGCCGUAUUCGAGUGCACAGGCGUGCCUUCCUGCGUACAAGCAUCGAUAUACGCAACACGACCGGGAGGCGCGGUCUUACUCAUUGGUAUGGGUACUCCUAUUCAAACGCUUCCCAUCUCAGCUGCAGCGCUCCGCGAAGUCGACAUCAAGGGCGUCUUCCGAUACGCGAACACGUACCCUACUGGCGUCGAAGUCGUAUCGAAGAAGGGUCCAGACUACCCGGACUUUUCAAAGCUCGUUACGCACAGGUACAAGGGUCUGGAGUCGGCGGUGGAGGCUUUCGACAUGGCUGGCAAGACGAAGGACGACAAGGGUAAUCUGGUGAUCAAGGUUGUGAUUGAAACCGGCGAUGGCGAGAAAGCGAAUCUAUCCGCAGACUUCAGGUUGCCGUCUCCGGCUUGGGCCGCAUGGGGGGCCCGCCAUGCGAACCAUUUCCUGCACCGCACGCCGCGGGCGGAGCUCGUUGCUGCAUUCACUCCAGACCCCAAGGAGCUUGCAUGGGCGCAGGCAAACUUGGAGCCCUGGGGUGUCAAGAUCUACUCUGAUUUCAAUGAAUUGUUAAAGCACCCGGGUCUGGAGGCUGUUUGCGUGGCAACGGCCACCACGGUGCAUGCUGAACAGACCAUCAAGGCCAUUGAGGCCGGAAAGCAUGUUCUCUGCGAGAAGCCACUCAGCACAGAGCUCGCCAUCUCCCAAAACGUCCUCAAAGUGGCCAAAGCCCACCCCAAGCAAAAAGUAAUGUGCGGUUUCUCCCGCCGCUUCGACGCCUCCUACCUCGCCGCCUACCAAACCGCUCUCUCCGGCUCCAUCGGCCGCCCCACCAUCCUUCGCUCCCAGACCUGCGACAAGUACGACCCCUCAGGUUUCUUCGUCGCCUACGCCGAGUUCAGCGGUGGUAUCUUCGUCGACUGCAAUAUCCACGACAUCGAUCUUGCAUUGUGGUUUUUCUCCUCAUCUACCAAGGAACUGCCCAAGGUCAAGAGCGUCAUGGCAGUUGGUGUCACCGCUCUUGAGCCCGACCUCGCCAAGCACGGUGAUGUUGACAACGGUGUCGGUGUUGUGGAAUUCCACGAUGGACAAAUUGCCUACUUCUACAGCAGUAGAAUGAACGCACCAGGCCAGCACGAUAUGACUGAGAUUAUUGGUACGAGCGGAAAGCUCACCGUUAAUGCGAACCCCACCAUUGGUCUUACCGAAAGCCAUCUUCCCACCGGCAUCCACCGCGAGAUCCCGCAGAACUACUACGAGCGCUUUGAGAACGCCUUUGUUGAGGAGGCACGGCAAUUCACAGACGCAGUACUGGACAACAAGGCUGUGCCUAUUGACAUGGAGAGCUCCGUCGAAGCUGUCCGCAUUGGCGUCGCGCUGCAGGAGUCGCUGCGCAACGGCAAGAAGAUCUUCUUCGACAAGCAGGGCAACAAGGUCGAGGACGGCACAAGGGCGAAGUUGUAA